AGCCAAAAGUCUCUGUUUGGUGGUAAAAAAUAAAAAGAAGGUCCUUCAAAGGUUUCAUAUUUUCAUUUUUGACCCAAAUCACACUCUUUUAAAUCUCCGAAUCCUCUAAAUUGACACCUAACCUUCCCUUUCUCUUUUCUGCUUCAGUUUUCAGCUGCCCGUUCUUCUUCUUCUUCUCCUUCUCCUUCUCCUUCUCCUUCUUAUUCGUUUUCAGAGGCGGAGGCUUUGUAGUUUUCGGUUAAUCAAGGGAUUAUAAAAUAUGGCAGAUGCAGAGGAUAUUCAACCACUUGUUUGUGACAAUGGAACUGGAAUGGUCAAGGCUGGGUUUGCUGGGGAUGAUGCUCCAAGGGCAGUAUUUCCAAGUAUCGUAGGGCGACCUCGCCAUACCGGUGUUAUGGUUGGGAUGGGUCAAAAAGAUGCAUAUGUUGGUGAUGAAGCUCAGUCUAAACGAGGUAUUCUCACAUUGAAAUACCCUAUUGAACAUGGAAUAGUUAGCAACUGGGAUGAUAUGGAGAAGAUUUGGCAUCACACUUUCUACAAUGAGCUUCGGGUUGCCCCAGAAGAACAUCCGAUACUUCUUACUGAAGCACCACUUAAUCCCAAGGCCAAUCGAGAGAAAAUGACCCAAAUCAUGUUUGAAACCUUCGACGUGCCUGCUAUGUAUGUCGCCAUCCAGGCUGUUCUUUCACUUUAUGCCAGUGGUCGUACAACAGGUAUUGUCUUGGAUUCCGGUGAUGGUGUGAGCCAUACUGUCCCUAUUUAUGAAGGUUAUGCUCUUCCCCAUGCUAUCCUCCGUCUAGAUCUUGCUGGCCGUGACCUUACUGAUGCUUUGAUGAAGAUCCUCACCGAGAGAGGAUACUCUUUCACCACAACUGCUGAGCGGGAAAUUGUUCGUGACAUAAAGGAGAAACUUGCUUAUAUUGCCCUUGAUUAUGAGCAAGAGUUGGAGACUGCUAAGAGCAGCUCUGCAAUUGAAAAGAGUUAUGAGUUGCCUGAUGGGCAAGUAAUCACCAUUGGAGCAGAACGAUUCCGUUGCCCAGAAGUGCUCUUCCAGCCCUCACUCAUUGGAAUGGAAGCUGCUGGUAUCCAUGAAACAACAUACAACUCCAUCAUGAAGUGUGAUAUAGAUAUUAGGAAGGAUCUGUAUGGUAAUAUUGUUCUCAGUGGUGGGUCAACCAUGUUUCCGGGUAUUGCUGAUAGGAUGAGCAAGGAAAUUACAGCCCUUGCCCCCAGCAGCAUGAAGGUCAAGGUGGUUGCACCUCCUGAGAGGAAGUACAGUGUCUGGAUCGGAGGAUCCAUUUUGGCUUCUCUCAGCACUUUCCAACAGAUGUGGAUAUCCAAGGGUGAGUACGAUGAAUCUGGUCCAGCUAUUGUUCACAGGAAGUGUUUCUAAGUCGGGUCAAGCGGAGAACAGACGAGUUAUCCUAUUCAUCUGGUAGUCUUUGGGGUCAUAUCCAAAUUUUCAGUUUAGUUAAACUUUUGAAGCUUUGGUUUAUAGGUAGAAAAAUAUAUUGGUGUCUCAGAUGUUUGGAGUUGUAAACUUUUGAGUAUAUUAUGCUUUGUCAUUAGGUUUUGGAAAGCAAAGUUAAUAAUGUUGGCAGUGAGUGGGAUAUAUAUAAUUAUAUAGACUUCUUUUCUUCUGGAAAUUGGAGUGUAAUUUUGAUUGACUAUGGUCUUAUGGGUUUUUUUUAUUGGACCAUGAAAGUUUAGGUUUGCUCUGUGUUAGAAGAGAAUCAGGAAGGUAAGUUUUUAUGGUUUUCAUUUUAUGCCAUAGUGGGAUUUUGUUUAUAUUAACUGUAAGAAUUAAGUCUUUACCUGAGUGUGGAUAUUGCUUAUAUUUU